UAUCAUGCAUCAUAUUGCAUUCAUAAAAAGUAUCAAAAUCCAAGUCUCAUACUCUCCUCAUUUCUGCCUCAGAAAAGCAAAGUGGCCCGGCGUAUUCAGUACAAACCCGCUCGCAUUCACAACACUCGAGCUCAUAUCAAGAAAAGGAUGUUAGCGGCAGAACAGGAAAACGCUCAGCUCAGAGAGGAACUGGUUAACCUCAAGGGGGAGAUGGAAAGAAUGGCACUUAUGAUGGAAACUAUGAUGGCUGAGAGAGAGCAAGCAGCAAUCUCCAAUUCAGCUCCUGUUGUGGUUGUCACAGCUGCACCUGAGGGUCCCCCGCAACCAUCUCCGACUACUACUACAACUAUCGGCCUCACCCAGCCUCUGAUAACUGAUUUUUCUUCUGGUAAUAUGGCAACUAUGGGCAACUCAGGCUUCCGUCCUCUUGGCCCCCAGGGUCCCUUUGCUACUCCUCAAUAUUCCAUGCCUUCAGGCUACCCUUGGGGCAUGCCGAUUGCAACUAACGGGGUUUUUGGUCCAGGCGCUACUGAAAUGCCUUUCGCACAGGGUCAACAGACUUCGGCACAUUUCCAGAUGAGUCAACCGAUUCCUCAAGCUACCAUGACUCAAGCAGGUCCUACUGUGCAUGUUGGGCCACAACAUGAAGAGCAGAUUUAUCACUCUGACAGUAUAAUGGGGGAUGAUAAAGCAAUCGAUUGGGAAGAAAGGUUCGGUGCUCUAGAGAAGAAGAUGAGUAAUAUGCGGGGAAAGGAAACAGUCGUCCAAAGCAUAUAUGACCUUUGCUUGGUACCAGAUGUAAACAUACCUCCAAAGUUCAAGAUGCCUGUAUUUGAGAAGUAUCAAGGGGACACGUGUCCACAAAAUCAUCUAACUAUGUAUAUUAGCAAGAUGAUAGCUUACAAGAAUAAUGUUCCCUUACUCAUUCACUGCUUCCAGGAUAGUUUGACUGGUCCGGCACAUACCUGGUUCAUGGGAUUGAAAGGAGUCACUACUUUUGAACAGUUGGCUGAGGCCUUCAUGCAACAGUACAAAUAUAAUACCUAUCUGGCGCCAAGUCGCAAGGAGUUGCAGUCCUUAACCCAGAAAGAUAAAGAAUCGUUCAAAGAAUACGCACAACGCUUCAUUCAAAAAGCUGCUCAGAUUCGUCCUCCCUUGGAUGAGAGGGAACUUUCAGAUUUGUUCUAUGAAACCCUGAGCCCUUGUUAUUCAGAAAAGAUGAUUGUCUGUGCAUCACAGAAGUUCACUGACUUGGUGGAAACAGGAAUGCGUAUCGAGGAGUGGGCUCGUAAGGGAGCAGCUGUUUCGGGAAGUUCUUCAGGUGGUUCUUCAGGAGUUUCGUCCAGUGGUAAUAAGAAAUUUGGGAAUGGUUACCCAAAGAGGAAUGCUCAAGAGGUUGGCAUGGUGGCUCAUGGAGGACCUCAGCCCGUGUACCCUAAUCACCUCUUUGUUGCCAAUAUCACCCCACAAAUGACCGCACCCCAGAACCCAAACUAUCAACCACCAAGACCUCAAGGGCCUUCAUUAUACUAUCCCCCACUAUAUCAACAACCAUAUAACCCACAACAACUCUCUCAACCACCCUACCAUCCUCAACAACCCUACUAUCCUCAACAACCAUACCAACAAAGGCCAUAUAACCCCCCACAACAACAACCCCGUCCUCAAGCUCCCUACAACCAGCAAAAUCAAAAACAACAAUUUGACCCCUUGCCAAUGACCUAUGGAGCAUUGCUCCCUUCUUUACUUGCACAGAAUCUGGUCCAAACAAUACCACCUCCUCGCAUUCCGGACCCUCUCCCACGCUGGUACCGUCCGGACCUUCAUUGUAUUUACCAUCAAGGGGCACCAGGCCACGAUGUGGAGCGUUGUUUUGCUCUUAAGAAAGAGGUUCAGAAACUGAUAAAUAGUAAAGAGUUAACCUUCACCGACCCUGAUGCUGUAGCUCAGAACAAUCCUCUGCCUACUCAUGGGCCUGCUGUUAAUAUGAUUCAAGACGAUCAGGAAGAGGCUCGCAUUCUCUCUGUAGGUGAUAUCAAGACUCCUCUGGUACCGAUACAUGUGAAAAUGUGUAAAGCAACUCUCUUCAACCACAAUCAUGAAGCUUGUGACAUAUGUUCGAUGGAUCCUCGUGGAUGUAUACAAGUCCAGAAUGAUGUGCAGGGUCUCCUAAAUAGAAGAGAACUUGUGGUUACAAGGGAACCCGAGAGCAAGGACGUCUGCGUUGUCACUCCGGUAUUCAGAGCCAGGAGGCCGCUGGUGAUAAACCCUAACAGUACAAAGCCCGUUGGUACUCCCUUGGUAAUCUGUGUGCCUAGGCCCACGCCUACUACUGCUCAGAAAGCUGUACCCUACAAGUAUGAAGGCACGAUUCUAGAGCCCGGAAGUGAGACAACUUCACCUGUUGCUGUGGAUAAUAUCGCAGAGAAUAGCCGGAUUUUGAGGAGUGGCCGCAUCUUUCCUACGGUGGGUCCGAAGAGUGUUAGUGUUCCGGUCGAUGAGCCAGUAAAAGAGCGAAACGCCGGUAAAGGUAAAGCUGGGGAGCAGGCCAAAGAGUUUGACUUUGAGGAUGCCGAUGAAGUCUUGAAGCUGAUCAAGAAGAGUGAAUACAGGGUGGUGGACCAGCUGUUACAAACUCCUGCGAAGAUUUCCAUCAUGGCCCUGUUAUCAAGUUCUGGUGCUCAUCGGGAUGCCCUGAGGAAAGUACUAGACCAGGCAUUUGUGGAUUAUGAUGUAACUCUGGGUCAAUUCGAAAGCAUUGUGGGGAAUGUGACCGUAUGUAACAGUCUGACUUUCAGUGAUGAAGAUCUCCCGGCGGAGGGGAAUAAGCAUAAUCAAGCAUUAUUCAUCUCUGUACUUUGCAGAACGGACUCGUUAUCCAACGUCCUGAUAGAUACCGGCUCUGCACUUAAUGUGAUGCCCAAGUCAACUUUCGACCAAUUGGCAUACUCCGAGGCUCCUUUGAGACUUAGCAAGGUGACGGUAAGGGCCUUCGAUGGAACUAGGAGAUCGGUGUAUGGUGAGGUAGAUUUACCAAUUUCGGUCGGCCCACAUGAAUUUCAGGUUACUUUCCAAGUCAUGGAAAUCCAGGCUUCUUUCAGCUGUUUGCUCGGCAGACCAUGGAUUCAUGACGCUGGGGCUGUGACAUCUACUCUCCAUCAGAAAUUGAAGUUUGUAAGUCGUGGAAAGUUGAUCACUGUGAGUGGCGAAUCGGCCUUUUUAAUCAGCAAUUUGUCUGCUUUCUCUGUUAUCGGUGGUAGUAGUUCGGACGGGCCAUCAUUCCAAGGGUUCUCUGCCGAAGAAAGUGUCGGUAAGAUUGAGACUUGUAUGGCUUCGUUGAAGGAUGCCCGGAGAGUAAUUCAGGAAGGCAAAACCGAAGGCUGGGGUCAGCUAGUGGAGUUGCCAGAAAACAAGCGUAAGGAGGGAAUUGGUUUCCUUAACAGUAAGCCUGGGAUGUUCGACCCUACCAGAGGUUCUUUCCACAGUGCUGGUUUCAUUCAUGAUUCGCCAGAGACCAAUGCAAUUUUAGAUGAUGUAUCUGGAGGAGUGACACCGGUCUUUGUGACGCCUGGAGGAGCUUGCUGCAACUGGAUUGCUGUUGACAUUCCUUCUGUGACACCCCGCUCUAAACUGAACAUAAGUGAAUCCGUUGAACACAGUGACCCCAUGCUUUCUCCCAACUUUGAGGUCCCGGUUUACGAGGCUGUGGCAGAGGAGGAUGAGGAGAUCCCGAAUGAGAUCAAAUGGAUGUUGGAACAAGAAAGGAAGACAAUUCAACCUCAUCAGGAGGAGAUAGAAAUCAUCAAUCUGGGUACUGAGGAAGACAAGAAAGAAAUCAAGAUUGGGGCAUCGUUGGAUGUAUCUGUCAAGAAAAGAGUAAUUGAGCUUAUCAGAGAAUAUGUUGAUAUAUUCGCAUGGUCAUACAAAGACAUGCCGGGUCUAGACCCUGAUGUCGUUGAACACAGACUACCGUUGAAGCCUGAGUGUCCUCCGGUAAAACAGAAAUUGAGAAGAUCUCAUCCUGAUAUGGCCCUCAAGAUCAAAGAGGAAGUGCGAAAGCAAAUUGAUGCAGGUUUCCUAGUCACAUCAGAGUAUCCUCAAUGGUUGGCCAACAUAGUGCCUGUUCCAAAGAAAGAUGGUAAAGUCAGAAUGUGUGUUGAUUAUCGGGACUUGAACAAGGCUAGUCCGAAGGAUAAUUUUCCUUUGCCUCACAUUGAUGUAUUGGUUGAUAACACUGCUAAGUGCAAGGUUUUCUCCUUCAUGGACGGUUUCUCCGGCUACAAUCAGAUCAGGAUGGCUCCUGAGGAUAGAGAAAAGACGUCUUUCAUCACGCCCUGGGGUGCUUUCUGUUAUGUGGUGAUGCCAUUUGGUUUGAUAAAUGCUGGUGCCACUUACCAGAGGGGUAUGACAGGCUUGUUUGAUGGUGCAUUGGCCAUGGUAUCAAAAAUGAAAGCCAGUGGUUGCAUUCCAGAUGCUAAAACUUUUGAAAUAAUUAUCCAUUCUUUGUUUGAUAAAGGUGAAUAUGAUAAGGCAAAGAAACUUCGUGAAAUGAUUGUAAGAGGUCUACUAUAA